CCGAGGCUGAUAACACCUUUUAUGGACCUGUUUAUGCGCAGUUGCUAUUUGACGAACCGUGGACACAGAUGUGUAGCGAGGGUAGCAGGAAACAGUUUUCAGGAUGUCAAAGGUUUCAACCGGACCAGUGACAUACAGGAGCAUCGGAAUGAAUGGACAGAGCGACAUGGAGAGAACACUGAGAGAGAAAACUGUCAUCAUCCCUGAGGGCGAACACGGCACAAUUCGAGAAGAAUUCUUCCAAAAUGUGAUACGUUACAGAGCGAAAGGAUCAAAGCUGAGGGAGGAUGUCCCCUUCAUCGUCAUAUAUCUAUGUUCAUCUCGCAUUAAAGAUGAAGAGGGACUCAUUUUUGACAAAUUAAGAGGUUUGCUUUCGGCUAUAUUGAUCAUUGCAUCAGUUGGAAAGGCUUCUGAAGUAAGCAUCGACCUUCCAAGAGACUUGGAAUCUACCGUCAAAGACAUCUUGCGUCUUUUCAUAAAAAAUGGACAGAUUCUCAACGAUGACAUGGACAACAAAUACAUGUUUCACCGUCUGCUGUUCCACUGUUGUCAACUGGAGCGUGGUUGGAUAGAUUAUAUAAAGGAACAUUGGAUUAAAAUCGCCAUUGGUGGCGGUGUCGUGUGUUCGAUAAUUGUGAUAGUGGCACUUACAGCAUACUUUGCGUAAUAAUAUGCUUACGAACGAAAGCUCGAAGCUAUGCAGGUCUCAGAUUUUUAACUUUGCUGGGUAUGGUGCCGGGAUUCCAACCUCCGGACAUGGGUUUCUGGUGUGCCCACAGAACUCAGCACAUCGACCUGACGUAGAUUACUUUAUUAGUAUUAUAGGAUAUUUAUAUAGCGCACAUAUCCACGCAACUAGUACAUGGUCAAGGUGCUUGUAUGUUUCCCCCCUCGACCUUUAGAUGUCAGUCUCGACGGCACAUCGUAUUAUCAAUCUCUUGCAGCCACUUGGCGCACCGAGUUAUGGCAGCUUUCACCUCUUACGAGGUACGAGGAGUGUACUGUACACUAGGGGUUGUGACAACACUGAAAGAGUCUGCACACAAAGUUGACUCCAAGGUUUUUACACCCAGUCACAGGUGAUCACUUGCAUGGUCACUCUGGAUCCCUAGCCCUUAGACGAUGACUGGGUCAUCCGUUUUCCAGGCAGCAGAUAGACUACAAACUACAACACUACCGCUGUGCCCAAGCUACACGGGUAAUGUGACACGAAAGCUCUCACUAAUGCAUGCUUUUCAACGGAUCGGGACAAUGAAUAGAUAGAUAACCAAUAUCGUGUUCACGUUGAUUAUUAUCCAACAGCGGGGCCAUCGGUUACACUCCGCUGCAUUUGAACAGAGACCAUAUAAUAGAGGUCUCUGAUUUGAAGUAACACUACUUCGAGAAUGUCACCACCCGUCGUGACUGAUUCUAACAAUGUUUUUCCAGGCAUGUUAAUGAAACCGCUUUGUAGUUAUAGCACUGGCAACAUGAAUGUUUAAUAAACAAACCAUUUACA